AACCGGGUUCAUACGCGCAGCUACAUGAAAACAGUUUGCGUGAGAAACCCGUCUGAAAUACUCUGGAAAAUGGCUGGUAUUCAGAGACUGGUGACUGUUGAGCGAUUGAGAUCGAAAGCUAAUUGCCUUCCAGUUGCUUCAUCAUGGAGAGCAAUUCAAAGUUUUCGGAAGAGCUCGACCUCGUCGGACCACAUCCAAGAUAGCAUAGUUCCCACAAUGCAUUUCCAGCACAGCCUUCCGCGCCUGCCCAUCCCAAAGCUCUCGGACACCUGCCGCCGCUAUCUUGCCUCACAGGAACCGGUCCUCACUCCCGAAGUGUACGCUGCCACGGAAAAGAUCGUUCAGGAGUUUGAAAAAGGAGAGGGAAAUUCUUUGAACAGCCAACUCAUUGCCCAGAAUAAAAGGAACAAACAUACAAGCUACAUCUCGGGUCCGUGGUUUGAUAUGUACUUGGAAUCCAGGGCAUCAAUUGUACUCAACUUUAAUCCAUACUUCUCCUACACGUUCGAUAAUAGACCAGAGUAUAAUGACCAGCUCAUCAGAUCAUCUAAUUUUGUGGUCUCUGCCUUGCGUAUGAUGAAGACGAUGAGGGCUGGCAAGCUAGAACCAGAGGUCUACCAUCUCAACCCUAAGAAAUCGGACACUCAAAGCUUCCGCAAGAUUGCAAGAUGGAUGCCUCAGUCAAUCGCAGCCUACUAUGCCAUCAUAAACAAGGCAUUUCCACUGGAUAUGAGCCAGUACUUCAGACUAUUUAACUCAACACGUAUUCCUCGGAUCGGUCGAGAUGAACUCGUCACCGACGAAAGUGGGCGUCAUCUACUGGUAGUCCGGAACGGGCAUUACUUCACAUUUGAUGUUAUUGAUCGAGAUGGAAACAUAGUAUCCCCAGCAGACAUCCAAGCCAGUCUCCAGUACAUCCUGAACGACAACACGCCCCGUCCCGAUGCACCGAUAGGCUACCUCACCGCAGAGAACAGGGACACGUGGGCCAACGUCAGGGAGCAGAUUGUAGGCACCAGUGAGAAGAAUGCCGAAGCAAUGAAGAUGAUAGAUUCAGCUGUAUUCUGUCUGUGCCUUGACGACACCAGCCCUGACGUUCCUGAAAGUGUGACGAGGAACAAUCUGUACGGCGAUGCUGCAUACAGGUGGUUUGACAAGUCCUUUCAGAUCAUCGUCUGCAAGAAUGGCUUGAUGUCGGUGAACUUUGAGCAUGCCUGGGGUGAUGGGGUGGCUGUCCUGAGGCUCUUCAACGAAACGUACAAAGACCUGACAGAACAACCAGCGCUAUCGCCGUCUUCCAAGCCGUCCAACAUUGAUCCAUCUCAGUGUGUGAAUAGGUUGACCCUUGACCUUGAACCAAGUGUAUCCAAUGCCAUCAAGACUGCAAGAGAAAACUACGAAGCUGCUACAAGCAAACUACGCAUUGAUACCAACCAACACACGGACCUUGGAAAGAAUUUCCUCAAAAGUUGUCAGAUCAGCCCUGACUCUGUCAUGCAGCUUUCAUUCCAGAUGGCAUACUACAGGAUGACAGGCAAGGUUGGUGCCACGUACGAGUCCUGUAGCACGGCCGCCUUCAAGCACGGCAGGACGGAAACCCUUCGAUCUGCCACGAAGGAAACCUUCAGGUGCUCCCAGGCAUUCCAGAAGGAUUCCUCAGCAGGCCCAGAGGAGAAGAGGAGACUACUACACGAGUGUUCGGAUAAACAUAACGUCCUCACCAAGGAGGCUGCUAUGGGACAAGGAUGGGAUAGACACCUCUUCGCUCUGCGAACGCUCGCUGCAAAGGAAGGCAAGACCCCGGCCAUCUUUGCCGAUCCAGCCUACAGCUUCAUCAGCCAUAUCAUCCUCUCCACCAGCACUCUAAGUGCACCGGCUAUCCUGAUAGGGGGGUUUGCGCCCGUCGUUCCCAACGGUCUCGGGAUCGGUUACAACGCUUCCGACGAUUCCGUGGGAUGCCACGUCACGUCGUAUCCCGAUUCUCUGAACGGGAGCGACUUCGUGGCGUGCGUGGCUGACUGUUGGAAAGACAUUCACGACGUCUUGAGUAAAACAAAUAAGCAAUAAAGAUAGCUGUACGUAAAUGUAGCAGUGCUUCCCAGAAUAAACAAAAUUAUUAAUUACAUGUAUAUAUUGUAACUUAUAGCAGGUAGAUGUGUUGUGGCUUAGUGGAUAAGUCUCCAGACUUUUAACCACAAGGUCUGGGGUUUGAAUCCCACCGCAGCACUCGCGUCCUUUGGCAAGGCUUUUAUCUACAUUUGCCACUCUCCACCCAGGUGUAGUAAAUGUGUACCUGGUAGGAAGAAGAAAUUCCUUGAAUGCUUGAGCACCCAAUAAGAGUAGCCAUGCUAUAAAGCCAGGAAAUAGUAUGCAGCGUUUAUUAAGCUCCGUAUGAAUUAUGCAUGUCAUUAUUAUUUAUCACAAUUAUAAUAGGUAAAUGAGUAUCAUUGUAAAGCUUAGAAUCUCCUCUUUCAUGUGGUAUCACGUAAAUGAUUAAUCAGUCAUGCAUGAGUGAGACAAACAAAUUGAAGAAAGGAUACCAAACAUCACUUAGCAGAAGGUAUCUGAAAUUCAAAAAGAAGAAAAAAAAAUCACUGCCUUAAAAGUUCAAUAUCUGAUAUGAUUUGAUAUACUCCAAUAAUAGAACACAAGCGAAUAAUAACAACAUUUUGCCUGGAGAAAAUAAUUCUUGUUUCAAUUAUAUUUUUAAACAAUUGCAAUUUUAUGGACUACCUACCGUAGCUCUCGCAAGCAAUGAACUGUUGAUUAAGUCUGACAGCUAUAUGUUGCCAGUAAAAUAUCUUCAUUUACUGAGAUAGAUGAAAUUCAAACAUUGAUUUUAAUAGACAGAACUUCGUUAUUUCCUUGAUUAUUAUUUUUUAUUGAGUUACCAUAUUAAAGAGCAGAUAUUGAACUUUUGAGAAAUUAUUUUUGUUUUUAGUUCAGAUACUGUUUGCUGGAUGAUUUUUUUUUUCUAUACUUUCUUGGGACUGUUCGCACUUACUCAUUCUCGAAUGAGUAACCAUAUAAAAUAUAUCAGUUGAAAGAAGAGACUCUUAGCUUUAUAAUACUUAUAGGUCAUUUGUCUAUUAUAUUUGUGAUUAAAGUUAUGUUAAAGCAUCAAUAUUUCUUGGUUUUGUUUUUUCUGGGAUGCUCUGUAUAGAUAUAUUCAAAUCUAUUCAAAGCUCGAUAUGAGCACAUUCUUUAAUGCCUUCAAAAGGAAAUGCAAUGUAUUUAUGUUGGUAAUUAAUUAAGGUGAUCGUGUACAUAGUAUUGUUUUAUAUUGACUGUUUUGUCUCCUCUGCAUAGCAGGAGGGAGACAUAGGCACUGUUUUUCCGACGGCAGCAGCGACAACGGUGGCGUUCUCAACUCUGAAAUCUUAAUCAAGGUCAAAGGUCAUUUUGGAUCAAUGAACUGUGACAACGUUUUUUCUUUUUAAUAUCAUCAUGAUUUUGAAAGAUUAUGGAUCUAGUUCAUGAAACUUGGUCAUAAGGAUAUAUCACUGAUCAUCUUGCACAUUCAAGUUUCAGGCCACAUGAUUAAGGUCAAAGGUCUUUAAGGGUCAAUGAACUUUCACCAUGUUUGGGGUUUCAACUUUGAAAUCUCAACCAAUAUUCAGUUUUUGAAAUGUUAAAACUGAAAAAGUAAAUGGAUAUAUUGCAUGAAACUUGGACAUGAUGGUAAUCCAGUAUCACUGAUAAUUUUGUUCGAGUUUCAAGUCACAUGAUCAAGGUCAUACAUGUAGGUCAUUUAGGGUCAGUGAACUUGUUUUAUUGUGUUUUUUGUGAAUAAUUAUUCAUCUUAGUUGUUUUUCAAAGUCAGCACUGCUGGUUAAUUGAAUUGCGUAAUGCAGGCGAGACUGCCAGAGGCAUACCGCAUGUUGGGAGAAACUCAGGUUUACAAUGCAAAUGUUGCCAAGUAUUAUCGGCCCUGUCUUACAAAGGUUUACGAUUGAUCCAAUCAAUCGUAACUCUAUGGAAAUCCAUCAGUGUAAUAAUUUUUUCUACGAAAAAUUUGCACAAUGUCCUUUGUAUGCAAAGAGAAGCGCAGUGAAUUUUCAAGAAAACAAUGCAUGAAUAUACAUCACAGCUAGAAAAUAUUUUGAACAAACAUGCAUAAUAGAUGUUGACGUUGCUGGCCGUCCAUAGUUGCGAUUGAUCGGAUCAAUCGUAAUUCUUUGUAAGACAGGGCCCUGAGCUGUGUUGUAUAAAUGUUUUUUUUAUGCAGUGAUUAUCUUAACAUUCCUGUGAAAUGAAUAUAUUUCAUGAUGAUGUUGUGAUAAUUUACUUGAAGAGGUAAUCAUUUUUAAGAUGUCCCAUGAUGUCGCCGUUGAUUGCGAAGUUACAAUCAAUGCUAGUUUAAUGUAACGGCCCAUAUUGCGUUUGUGGUGUAUAGACCAACUCAGUGUACCGUAUGUCAUAUUAUUUGUUUUGUUGGGUUCUUUUAUCCCCCUGCAAGAUUUAGACAUCACUAAAAUAUUCUGAAACGAAAAGCUUCUCACAAUGCUUACCCUUAACCUGUAUAUUCAGAAUCAGAGUCACAAAAAGGGAGGUCCACCCCAAGAAAAAGUUGAUUGGAAUACAAAGAGAAAACUCAUCUAAGCUUGACGCUAGACCAUGUUGGGAGAAUCAACAUCAAAAUUUUAACCUAAGGUUAAGUUUUUGAAAUGUCAUCAUAACUUAGAAAGUAUAUGGACCUAGUUCAUAAAAUUUUUGGGGUAUUUGUUGAAUUACCAUCAUAACUCUGAAAUUGUAUUGGCCUAGUUCAUAAAAUUUGGACAUAAGAGUAAUCAAAUAUCACAUGACCAAGGUCAAAGGUCAUUAAGGUCAAUGAACUUUGGCCAUGUUGGAGGUAAUUAUUAAAUUGCUUUCAUACGUGUAACUUUCAAAGUUUAUGGAUAUAGUUUAUGAAUUGUGGACAUAAGGGUAAUCAAGUAUCACUGAUAAGUCUUAGGUCACAUGUCAUUUAGGGUCAAUGAACUUAGUAUUGUAUCAUUAUAUUAAUGGUAUUUUUUGUGAAUAAUUAUUUUAUAGUAGUUUUCAAAGUCAGUACUGCUGCUAUAUUGAAUCGCGUAAUGCAGGUGAGACUGCCAGAGGCGCUCCACUUGUUCUUGUUUGAUUUCUCUAUAUUUACCCAAAUCAACUUUUUCCUUGGGUGGACUUUCCCCUCGUUGCUAGGUCAAAGGUCUGAUCACCAUAGGAAGGCCUAUUCAAACAUUCAAAACAAUACUCUGCCAAAAACUGGUGAGCCAAAAUGACUCCUUUUUGUGCCAUCUUGCUGCAAAAGCUGAAGAUCAAUCACUCUCUUCUGACAAAUAUGUCAUGUAUUUAUCAGUGUAACUUUGGACAAAUAUCCCUUUAAAAUCAAGGGGGGGGGAUAUUUAAUAAUCAUCCACUAACUUCGUUGAGGUUGUUUGUUGCACUAUUUGAGCAUACUGAAAAUUGUUAGAGUACUCGUUUCACCAUGUUUGAAUAGGCCUUGAUGGUGGAAUAGAUGUUCAUGUAUAUUGGUAUUACGUUAUGCUAUCAAGUGUUCCAUCUGAAAUAUACUACGCCUGUCUGUCAUUGUAACUUGGAUAAAGUUAAAUGUAUGAAAGUAACCUCAAAUAACUUCAAAAUCAGGUAUUCUGUACAUCUCCAACCAUUUGGGAACACUAAUGG